AACCAUCACAACAACCACCAUCACAACAACAACCAUCACAACAACAACAACAACAGAGUUCAUGAGUGGUCUUCACUGCUGCAACAAAUGUCAUGCCGGUAACAACAACAACAACCACAACAACAACAACCACAACAACAACCAUCACAACAACCACCAUCACCACAACAACAACCACAACAACAACAACAGAGUUCAUGAGUGGUCUACACUGCUGCAACAAAUGUCAUGCCGGUAACAACAACAACAACAACAACAAUCACAACAACAACCAUCACUACCACCACAACAACAACAACCAUCACAACAACAACAACCAUCACAACAACAACAACCACAACAACAACAACAGAGUUCAUGAGUGGUCUUCACUGCUGCAACAAAUGUCAUGCCGGUAACAACAACAACCAUCACAACAACAACCAUCACUACCACCACAACAACAACAACCAUCACAACAACAACAACCAUCACAACAACAACAACCACAACAACAACAACAGAGUUCAUGAGUGGUCUUCACUGCUGCAACAAAUGUCAUGCCGGUAACAACAACAACAACCACUAUCACAACAACAACAACCACCACCACCACAACAACAACAACCAUCACAACAACCACAACAACAACCACCACAACAACAACAACAACAGAGUUCAUGAGUGGUCUACACUGCUGCAACAAAUGUCAUGCCGGUGAGUACAUGGUCUCCACGUGCACGGACAACCGCACUCGGACAGUCUGUGCCGGCUGUCCCGAGGGCACCUUCACAGCGGUGUCCAACUACGCCAAGACCUGUCUGCCAUGUAGCCGCUGCUCAGCAGCUAUGGGCCACGUGACGCUACAGGUGUGCACCCCGACCCAGGACACUCUGUGUGGGUGCCCCCAGGGCUCCUACCGACACUGCCUGCUGCUCUUUGACUGCUCCACCUUCAACUGUGCAGCCUGCAGCUCCUGCCGAGCCGAAUGGGAGGAAAUAACUCCUUGUGGUGAUGAGAUGGACACUGUCUGCGCUCUCUGUCCCGAAGGCUUCUAUAACAACGGCUCCAGCCCUCGCUGCCGCCCCUGUACCAGGUGCCCUCGUGAGGAGUUAUCCGGCUGUACUCGAGCCUCUGACACCAUCUGUGGCCCCGUGCAGAUAUCAUCAACAACCCACUCCACCACCGUCACCCCCACCAAAGGCCCCGGUGACGGCACUCCGUGGUGGGCCUGGCUGGUGAUGGCGGCGGUGGCGGUGGUGGUGGUGGUGGGGAUGCUGGCGGUGGUGGUCAGGAAGUCGGUGGCCGGCCAGAGGCUGUGGUGCACGCCGUGCAGGGAGAAGAUCCUGACGCUGGUUCCCGGCUGUGACGAUCACCGUGUGGAUAUCAUCGAUCAAGGACUCUUGGAUACACCGGCGACCUCCCACACCGUCACCUCUCCGUCGUCGCCACAACCACAACAACAACAACAACCACAACAACAACAACCACCACAACCACAACAACCACAACCACCACCGCCGCCGCCACCACAGCGGCGUGAGCCGCCGGCGCUGCUGAACCGCGCGGCCUUCUUCCACGCGGUGCUGGAGGCCGUGCCGGACGGCCGCUUUGAGGAGCUCCUGCGCCGGCGAGGCCUCCCGGAGUUCGCGGCCGCGGCAGCCCGGGCCGACCACGCCGGGCGCCGCGGCGAAGCCAAAUUCGCGGCGCUCUGGGCCCUGGGCCAGGCCCGAGGGCGGCGCUGGGCCCCUCCGGCGGGCCGCCCCGGGGCCCUGCCGGGCCGGGCCCUCGUCGAGCUGAGCGAGACGCUCGCGGGGCCCAUGGGGAUCCCCGGGGUGGCCGAUGAGCUGUGGGGGAACGUGGAGGCGCUGGGGUGGGAGGACGAGGAUGAGGAUGAGGAGGAUGAGGAGGAGGAUGAGGAGGAGGAUGAGGAGGAGGAGAAGGAGGAAUUUGUGUGUUAGCACACGAAGGCCGCUGUGUGUGUGUGUGUCUGUGUGUGUCUGUGUGUCUGUGUGUGUGUGUGUGUCUGUGUGUGUGUCUGUGUGUGUG